ACGCAGCCAGGAUCCGACUCGGGACUCCUCGCUUCGAUUGUCAUCACUACCUGCAGCCCGGCGCUGUAAUACUGCAGGCGGCCUGCAGGGGCGGUGCUGCCAGGAGCGUGUAAGAAAGCCGAGCGGUGAAGAAGAAGCCAGUGCACUGUAAGCUCCGGCUAACCGGAGCUAACCGAGGUUAAGAGUGGGUAACAGCGGCGGGGAACGGAGGGUAAGGGGAGCUGCUGGGUCCUGAACGGAGAGCGAGCAUGCCGGUGGCGGUGGUGGUGAUGGGGGAGAGCUGUGAGAAGCUGCUGGAUCAGUGCGAGGCGCAGGAGCUGGAGGCUCCAGGUGGCAUCGCUACUCCACAGGUGUAUUCUCAGUUACUGGCUCUGUAUCUUCUCCACAAUGACAUGAACAAUGCCAGAUAUCUUUGGAAGCGGAUUCCACAGGCAAUGAAAACGGCAAACCCGGAGCUGGCAGCUAUAUGGGCAGUAGGACAGAGAAUCUGGCAGCGAGACUUUCCGGGAAUUUACAGCACCAUCGCUGCCUACCAGUGGUCUGAAACCAUUCUUCCUGUAAUGGAGUCACUAAGAGAGUCUACCCGCAGGAGGGCGUAUGGACUCGUAGCUCAAGCUUAUACUUCGAUCAGUGCCGAGGACUUUGCCUCGUUUGUGGGAUACUCAGUUGAAGAAGCUGUAAAGGGUGUGGUCAGUCAUGGAUGGCAGGCGGAUCCCAACACUCGCAUGAUAAUGCCACAGAAACCAGAUCCGCCUCCAGUCUCUUUGGUUCCAAACGAGCAGCAGCUGGCCAGACUCACUGACUACGUGGCUUUCCUUGAGAACUGAUAAAGCCUGAUUAAAAAAAAAUUAUAAAUCUUCUUAUCCUCUCACCUACUUCAUUCGUACAGAAGACACAAGUGCAUCCCUUCAGUUCUCGGCUCAUACUGAUCUUCUCCUGCAGACAUUUCCUUUAAAGCAUCGCCCUGCCUGCCUCCUCAUUCAUCUGUAUAUAUGUUCUGUUUAGCAGCCUUAGUUCAUAUGCAUCGUUAGCAUGCAGGUUUUGCAUGGCCUGGUCUGUUUGUGCUCCAACAUAAACACAAAAACAUGUCAUAACAAUAGGAAAGCAAUAGUCACUGAUUUAUUGCUUUGCAUAAUUUAUUAACAGUUCCAAAAUGUUUUGACUAAGUAAAAUCUAGUUAAUUAGGCUAAUAGGUUUGCACAGUGCAGACAGUUAAACACUCCUUGCAUUCCAAAAACUACUGCUUUACUCCUGUCAUGGAGUAACAACACUGAGGACACCUUCACACAGUAGAUAAAAGUAACCCAAAUAUGAUUUUCUCAACAAAUCCGAUGUUUAAGGCUGUUCACAUUAGUCUGAACAGUACACGCUCCUAAACUGACACUCAUGCGCUAAAGAGCAGCGCUUCAUGUGAAGUUUCGGUUUCACCUUCUCCAGCAUCUCAGGAGCUAUCAAGCAGUUCCAGUGUUUGGACAGCAUUAUUCAGUCAUGUUCACUUUGUUAGGUUGUGUCUUUCAUUUCUUUAAACUUUUGUUUUUAAGCUUCUAUUUGAUUUUGAUGCUGCAGCAGCUCCCUCAUCUGGUCAUGUUCAGCCAUCACAUUUAAAAUCAGUGCAGUUGCAUCAGUUUGAACAGAGACACCAGUCAAAAUAUUGGGGUGGUACCUCACUAUCCCACCACUGAUCGCCUCACUUACUGUUGCUCUUUGUAUUAACGGAAGUUACAUUCAUUCCAGUCUGGCUGUUCAGACUGAUUUGUUUCGGAUUUGGAUUUUAUUGGCUCUUAUAAAAGUGGCUCAAAUUAGAACGGAAAAUAUCAGACACUGCUACACAGACUACAUCUGUGUCACUGGAGAGAAAAGACCAAAUUUAGGUGAAUUUUAUCUGCUGUGUGAACAGAGGCUAAAUGCAUCGAUCCUUGUGCGUGUAUUACAUGUUCAAUUCCGUUUAUUGGACAAAUGCAGGAGUGCGUUUGUUAUUGUGAUCACCAUGAGCUGUAUUGUGAUCUGGUAAUAAAUAUAUAAUAUUCUCAGUUGUGCUUUAAUGGAAGGUUGUGCAUUGCUCUGUCUGUAAGACUUUUGAACUCGGCUUUGUUUUGUUUAGUUUUAGUUUUUUUGUGAAAUGUCAAAUUUAUCAGUGGAAGCAUCCACAUACACAGCAGUGCAGCAAAUAAAUUGGUUAAAAUAUUGGA